CUUCCUAUUUUAGCUCUGAGCGGCUUCCGGCAAGAGCUGAUGGGUUAAAAACAAGACAGCACAUGGGCCUGCCGGCCACUUGGGUAAAAAACAAGGAACUCGACCUGGAUUUUACUAAACCAGUUCCACGAUUCUGUUUUUGAUUGUGGUGUCCAGCUCUGCAUCCACGACGGAGUCGCCCUGAAAGCCGCCGGAAGUCCUUCAACGGAGAAACAGGAUGUCCCGCCUCUUCCUCCCAAAGGGAAGACGGUGAGCCGGAGGAGUCAGUCAGAGGGGCGAGCAGGAGCGAUUCCGUCGCCAAACAGGUUAUGAGUGCCAGUGAGCCACCUUAGAUAAAGCAUCAUCAGCACUUUAUUAAUGAUGGAUAGUGAGAAUAAACCCGAAAAUGACGAGGAUGAAAUGAUAAACAAAGAAGCACAAGACUUGACAAAGCUUUCAUCCCAUAAUGAAGAUCAUGGGCGUGUAUCCGACGUGAUAGCAAGUCUCCCUGAGAAUUCUACGAACAAAAGAGGUUUUUCAGAAUCAUUGAACUUUGGUAGUGUUGUUACAGGAAAAGACAGUAAUAAACAUGCUUCCAAACGUAGGAAAUUAGAUGAGGCAGAACCCCUUAAAUCUGGAAAGCAAGAUGUUUGUAGGUUAGAAACUUCUGAAAGCUCAGCCACAGAAGAGGGUAUCACAGUGGAUGCAGCAGGGAAGAAGGCCUUCCUGAGCGACCGCACAGUUGGAGGCACGUGUCUCCCGAAUGCCCUCUCCCCUUCUCGCGAUGUUAGCACUGUUGAUGUUGUUUCUCUGAAAACAGACAUUGAACAAACGUCUGCUCAGGAAAUGAUUUCCCUUGAUCUGGAAAGAGAAUCUCCUUUCCCCCUGAAAGAAGUUAAUGUUAGUUGUACCAUCGGGGAUGUAGAUACAGUCCUCAAGUGCGGCACCUGUGGGCAUUUGUUUUCUUCAUGCUCUGAUUUGGAAAAACAUGCUGAGUCUCACAUGCAGCACUCUAAGGAACAUACCUGUUGUCACUGCAGCCACAAAGCAGAGAGCAGCUCAGCACUCCAUGUGCAUAUCAAACAAGCACAUGGGCUACAGAAGGUCUUUUCUUGUGAUCUUUGUGGUUUUCAGUGUGCAGAAGAAAACCUGUUGAAUGCACAUUAUCUUGGCAAAACACAUCUCCGUCGUCAGAAUCUGGCUGCUCGCGGAGGAUUUGUACAGAUCUUAACAAAACAGCCUUUUCCUAAAAAACCAUGUACAAUGGCAACAAAAAAUGUUCGCUCCAAGCCAAGAACUUCUAAACCAAUAGCAAAAAACAGUGAUUCAAAAGGAUUACGAAAUGUGGGAAGCAAAUUUACAGAUUGGACAGGAAGCAUUUCUGAACAAAGUGGCAGUAGUAGUGAGCUUCUUGUUGAAAUGAUGCCUUCCAGAAAUGCUUCGUCACAGGAAGUAGAGAUUGUUGAAGAAAAUGUUACUUCCCUUGGUAUAACUCAGAAUCCUGAAAACCAGAGUAAAAAGCUAGACACCUUAGUAACCUCAGAGGGUCUCUUAGAGAAAUUGGAAUCUACCAAAAAUACCCAGCAGGCAGCACACAGUAUCAGUGUAAUCUCGAGGCCAAGACCCGAGCGAAAUAUUCUCGUGUUGGGUAAUAGCUUCCGUCGACGAAGCAGCACUUUUACCUUGAAGGGCCAGGCAAAGAAAAGGUUUAAUCUUUUAGGAAUUAAAAGAGGCACAAGUGAAACUCAGAGGAUGUUUAUGAAACACUUUAGAACACAGAUAAAAACACACGAUGCAGAGUCAGUGCCGAAACACUUGGAAGCGAGCAGCAGUGUGCAGAGACUGUGUGUGACUACCUCAGAAACUCAGGAGGUGGAGCAGGGUCGGGGGAGCACCUGUACUCGGGGCUCCAGGCUGGACUCCCUGACAGUGAAGCCAGCUUCUGACCCUCAGACAUUGUGUGCUUGUACAGACUGUGGGCAAGUUGCUACAAAUAGGACAGAUUUGGAAAUCCACGUGAAAAGGUGCCAUGCCAGAGAGACGAAACUUUACUGCCAUACUUGUGACUUCUCUAGUACAUCAAGGAGGGACUUAGAUGAGCAUUCGCACAGUCCCCAGCAUCAGCAAACUGCUUCUGCCCUGAGUUGUCAGUGUUGUUCAUUUACAUCCUUGAAUGAAAUAAAUCUUAGGGACCACAUGAAGGAAAAGCAUAAUAUGGCUUUUCUUUGCACCCCUUGUAAUCUGUUCUUUUUGUCUGAAAAAGACAUGGAAGAACACAAAACCACCGAGAAGCAUAUUAGUUCAUUGGUUCAACCAAAGACUUCGCAAUCAUCUAACAGUGAUUUGGUUUUACAGACUUUACCUUUAAGUAUUUUAGAAUCAGAAAAUGCAAAAGAGUCUAUGGAUGACUCAGGAAAAGUGGCUCAGGAAGAACCUGUGAAGUCCAGGGUAAGCCAUGGUAAUGAAGUGAGGCAUUCCAGUAAGCCUCAGUUUCAGUGUAAGAAGUGUUUUUAUAAAACAAGAUCUUCUACUGUCCUCACGAGACAUAUAAAGCUUCGGCAUGGUCAGGACUAUCAUUUUCUUUGUAAAGCUUGUAAUCUUUAUUCAUUGAGCAAAGAAGGAAUGGAGAAGCACAUUAAAAGAAGCAAGCAUCUUGAAAAUGCUAAGAAAAAUAAUAUUGGCUUAAGCUUUGAAGAAUGUAUUGAAAGGGUGUGUAUAGGUGCAAAUGAUAAAAAAGAAGAGUUUAAUGUUUCCGGAAAUGGAAGGAUUGAAGGCCAUGUAGGUGUGCAAUUACAAGAGCAUUCCUAUCUUGAGAAGGGCAUGCUGAUGCCUAAGGAACUGUCACAGUCCGGUGAUAGCACCAAAGAUGAUGAAUUAGCUUUGACCACUACUCCAAAGAGAGGGAGACCUAAAGGUAACAUCUCACGGACAUGUUCACACUGUGGUCUUUUGGCCUCUAGUAUUACAAACUUGACUGUUCACAUUAGACGAAAACACAGUCACCAGUAUAGUUAUUUAUGCAAAGUGUGUAAGUAUUACACUGUAACCAAGGGAGAUAUGGAACGUCAUUGUGCUACCAAGAAACAUAAAGGACGGGUAGAAAUAGAAGCAAGUGGAAAACACAGUUCAGAUAUCAUUGUUGGCCCUGAAGGGGGUGGCCUUGAAGCCGGAAAAAAGAAUGCUGGCUCAGCAAUGACCAUGUCAGAUGAACAUGCUAACAAACCAGCUGAGUCACACGCCUCUCAAAAGGCAGAUCAUGGAAACUCAGUUGAAGCCAAAGUUGAAAAUGUAUUUCAUUCUCUAGAUGGAGAAGUUAAUAGGCAUCUUCUUGAUAAAAAGGAGCAAAUAUCUCUAGAGCCAGAGGACCUUGUCCAGCAGGGGGAUGUGUACUCCCAGAGAGACGUUACAGGCACCGGUGAGAAUAAAUGUAUGCACUGUGAGUUUAAUGCUCACUCCUCUGCUUCUCUAGAGCUACAUGUAAAACGGAAACAUACAAAGGAGUUUGAGUUUUAUUGCAUGGCAUGUGAUUACUACGCAGUGACUCGUCGCGAGAUGACCAGGCACGCCGCAACAGAGAAGCACAAGAUGAAAAGGCUGUCUUACCUGAACUCUGCUCAUGUGGAAGCAGGUUCUGCAGACACGUCCAAAAAAAUCAUUGUGCCUGAAGAAGAGCAUCAACAAAAUUCUGAGGAAUUUCAGAUAAUUUCAGAUCAAUCAUCUGAUACUCUUAAAGCUAGAAAUGCUGCAGAUUGCUCUAUUUUAAAUGAGAAUACUAAUUUAGAUAUGUCUAAAGUGCUCUGUGCUGCUGACUCUGUAGAAGUUGAGACUGAAGAAGAAUCUAAUUUCAAUGAAGACCAUUCCUUUUGUGGGACUUUCCAACAGGCUCCUGUCAAGGAUAAAGUUAGGAAACCCGAGGAGAUGAUGUCCUUUACUAUUUCCUUGAACCAUGACUCCCCAAGCAGAUUUCAAAAUGAAAAUUCAGGAAGCUCUGCUUCAAAUUGUGAGACAGCAAAGAAAAACCAUGAGCUAUUGAAAGAUGCAGGUGAGCUACGCAUCCAUUGUGAGAGUGAAGGAGGAAGCGUAGGAGACAGUGAAGGUGACGUUCCUCACCGACACCUGUGUCCUGCAGUGCUCGCUGGGGAGCUCUCGGCUGAAAGCCCCACUCCUGUUGUGACAAGAAUAACCAGAGAACAGGGAAAUCUGGAGAGUGGGGGUCAGAACAAAGUUUCAUGUGGGCAUGGUUUGGAGGACCUGAAAAGGGUCCAAGAAGAUCCCAUUCUGGAGAAAAAGGAAAUUCUGAUGAAUUCCCAACAUGAAACAGAAAUUAUUUUGGAGGAGGAUGGCCCAGCUUCUGAUAGCACAGUUGAAAGUAAUGAUGUCUAUGAAACUAUAAUUAGUAUUGAUGAUAAAGGGCAGGCCGUGUACAGUUUUGGCCGAUUUGACUCCUCCAUAAUAAGAAUAAAGAACCCAGAAGAUGGUGAGUUGAUAGACCAGUCUGAAGAGGGCCUGAUAGCAACUGGAGUGAGAAUUAGUGAGCUGCCCUUGAAAGACUGUGCUCAAGGUGUGAAAAAAAAGAGAUCUGAAGGCAAUUGCCUUGGUGAGUCUACACGCAUUCGCUGUGAUGAUUGUGGCUUCUUAGCAGAUGGACUGAGUGGACUGAACGUUCACAUAGCCAUGAAGCAUCCUACAAAAGAGAAGCACUUUCAUUGUUUACUCUGUGGAAAGUCCUUCUAUACCGAAAGCAACCUUCACCAGCAUCUGGCUAGUGCCGGCCACAUGAGAAAUGAGCAGGCCAGUGUGGAAGAGCUUCCGGAGGGAGGGGCCACGUUUAAAUGUGUCAAGUGCACAGAGCCCUUUGAUUCUGAACAGAAUUUAUUUCUACAUAUUAAAGGGCAGCAUGAGGAAUUGCUACGGGAGGUGAAUAAAUACAUAGUGGAAGACACUGAGCAAAUCAACCGCGAGAGGGAGGAAAACCAGGGAAACAUCUGCAAGUAUUGUGGAAAGAUGUGUCGAAGCAGCAACUCGAUGGCCUUCCUGGCACACAUUCGCACUCAUACAGGAUCAAAACCAUUCAAGUGCAAGAUAUGCCAUUUUGCAACAGCUCAGCUUGGAGAUGCCAGAAACCAUGUGAAAAGGCACCUUGGGAUGAGGGAAUACAAGUGUCAUGUCUGCGGGGUUGCUUUUGUAAUGAAGAAGCACUUAAAUACUCAUCUACUAGGCAAGCAUGGAGUUGGCACCCCAAAAGAAAGGAAAUUUACAUGCCACUUAUGUGAUAGAAGUUUCACUGAGAAGUGGGCCCUGAACAACCACAUGAAACUGCACACGGGAGAAAAGCCGUUUAAAUGUACCUGGCCCACGUGCCAUUACUCAUUCCUCACAGCCUCCGCAAUGAAAGACCACUACAGGACGCACACAGGCGAGAAGUCGUUUCUGUGUGACCUCUGCGGCUUUGCGGGAGGGACCCGCCACGCCCUCACCAAGCACCGACGGCAGCACACAGGAGAAAAACCUUUCAAAUGUGAUGAGUGUAACUUUGCCUCCACAACCCAGUCGCAUUUGACUCGGCAUAAACGUGUACACACUGGAGAAAAGCCCUACAGAUGCCCCUGGUGUGACUACAGGUCAAACUGUGCUGAAAAUAUCCGCAAACACAUUCUGCAUACUGGCAAACAUGAAGGAGUCAAGAUGUACAACUGUCCCAAGUGUGACUACGGGACCAAUGUCCCCGUGGAGUUCCGGAACCAUCUGAAGGAGCAGCAUCCUGACAUUGAAAACCCCGACCUCGCUUACCUGCAUGCUGGGCUGUAUUUGGCAAACAAACGAAAACAGAGGUCUCUGCUCGUUCCCUUUCGGUGUCACUGAGAAGGUUUUGAAACUAGACGGUUUAUCAGCUUUAGUUCAUAAAAACAGGUAAAGUCAAGUUGAAAUAUCUCUGGCCAUAAGUGCCUAUGGGUUCUUUAUAAAUAUGGACCCAUAACCUUACAGGUACCAAAAACUCCACCUGUGAAAAUGCCACUCCUAGCAAUGGCCAGGGCACAGGGUCUGAAUCCAUGGUGGGCAUCAGCAAAGUGUCCCCCCUAAGGUGGGCUUGCUCUGCCUCCUUUCCAGGUGCAAGAUUGGCAUAUUCCAGUUACACAAGAAAAACAAAUUGUUCCCUAAAAUGCGGUGAGUGAAUAAGAGAAAAAUAAAAACAUUACUUUAAAAAAAAAAGACCAUAAAUACUGUGAUUUGGUUGAGAUAACAUAUAUUUUGGUUGAGAUAAUAUUUGGGAAUUCAUAUAUUAAAGUAAGGUGUUUUAUUUUUUAUUUGAAAACACUUCUGUAGAAAGAGGUUUGCGUGCAAAGGUGUUGUACCCCUUGGUACCUCUACAUUGUAUAUAACUGCAGUGUGAGUGAUGUAAUUCAUGCGACUAACACAAAACUGGAGUUCAUGGAGACCCUGAUUCAAGUCUUCAUGUAAAGAUGGGUAUCUCUGGCCACCUGUGAGCUUCAGAUUCCUUCUCGGCAAGUCUGGGAGUUUGAAUGAACUAUCCCUUGUCCUUGUUGUGCUUCUGUAGGCGUGACCUUCGGGGGAGGAUGGGCUCCAACUUAAGCUUUAUCGUUCUCUUGACAUCUGGCUCUGAAAAGUGUGUUUUAACUCGGUGGGUCUCAGUUUUCCUCCUAAGAUGGGGAUGCUGAUGCCUACCACACAGAAUGUGUAAACUGACAUGAUCAUCUUUAGCAUAAAUGGUUGCUCACUUGUCCCCCCGCCCGCCAAGAAGUUGAUGAUUUAUUGUAUUUUUUUCUCAAUCCUUUUUGGCAACCAGUAAAAUGAUUUUUGUAUCUUUUUCUAUUUCAUAUUCCAGAGCAUGAAAGACUAUAUGUGAGUUCUAAUUUGACUUUAGUCAGAUGAGAAGCACAAGACAAUAGUGGUUUCUUUAUUUUUUUUAACCAUGGAUUAUUUGUAAAGGUAAUAUUCCAUUUCCAGGUAGUUUGAGACUUUCUAGUUAUUUUUUAAAAAUGAUUGAAAUAGUAAUACAAAUCUGUUUCUAGCUUAAAUUUAUAGAACAUAAUCUGAAUUACUUAAAUCCUUUAAAAUUUGUGUAGAUGCUCUUAUGCUCAGCAAAUGGUGAGUUUUGGUAAAUUUGUGAGACAUUAGAAAAGAAUACUUGGAACCAGUGGCGUUUGGUGCAUAGGCUGUGUUCCCUGUAUGUCAGUUGCAAUGUAGUUUGUUCACUGCUGUAUUUUUAGUACUUUUUAGAAUGCCGGUUCUGUCAGCUGUUAAGAGGAGUAUGUUAAAGUUUCCUACUAUAAUUGUGGAUUUGUCUUUUAAAAUUCUGUUAUUUUUGGCUUUACAUAUUUUGAAUAUAUAUCACUAGGUACUCAGAGCUUAGGGCUGUUUUGGAUACACAGACACUCAUAAUUAUGAAAUAUUUCUUAGCAGCAACAUCUCUUGCCAUAAUUCUUUGUUUCGUAUUGGUAUACCUACACCAGAUUCCUUAUUAGCAGCUUGUAGUGCAUUUCGUGUGUCUGCUAGAGCCGUAUUUAGUAUUUUACAUUAACUCUUUAGUCUUUUACUUCAGUAUUUGUACUUAAUGUAAUUGUGUGUUCAUCAUAACCCCAAACUACCCUAAUGUCCCUCAAGCAGAACGUACAAAGGUUGUAUAUUUACAUAAUAGAAUAUUCUGCAUCAGUGAGAAGGAAUGAACUACAAGUACAAGCAACAAUAUGAAGUAAGUCUCACAGGCCUGUCACGGAUGAUCAAAGCGGGUCACCAAGGAGUACAUUUUACAUGAUUGCAUUUCUAUUAAAUAUGAAAACAGAUAAGACUAUGAUGCUAGAAGUCAGAGUUUAUUUUCCCUUGUGGGCACCAGUCACCGAAUGAGGUACAGUGGUGCUAAUACGAUCCUGCUUCUUAAUCCCAGUAUUGAGACAUAGUUGGGUUCAGUUUGAGAAAUUCAUCAAACUCUCUUCUAUCACUUGCAUUCUUUUCUGUAUAUACUUUUUAAAAAACAUCUUUCUCCACAUCCAGAUUUCUGAAGAGGUUCAUUUAGGCCCAAUCUACAUCUAAUAUGAUGAGAUUUUACAGUCACAUUAACCUUCACAAAACUGACAUCAGACUAAAAAUAGGUUUCUGUCAUUGUACAAUUUUUCUUCUAUUUAGUAAAAUCUAUUUCUUCUCAAAUAUUAGCUUGAUUUGAUCUCUUCAGUUUUAACAUAUUUCUUUCAUGUCUCCCAUCCAUAAAUAAGCUUGAUACUCCUUCGCUAUAUUUGGACAAAGAAUUAAAUACAUGUCAGUGUUUGCAACACCAGUGGCCUUCAGUCUGACCCCACACACAGUUCACCUCAGCAGGGAUAGGGGAGUGAAGCUUUAAACAUAACCCCAGAGAAAGGGGAGUGAAGCUAGGGAAGCCAGAGGUAGAGGGCUGAGGAGAGGUUGCUCAGCCUUCUCUGACUGUGCCUAAGAAGAAAGAGAUGUUUUUCUCAUCAGUUCCAAGCAGCAGACUUCCAGUUAUGCCUUAAUGGCUCAAGGAGCUGGUGUGCUGUUGAAAUAGUACUCAUUGCUGAUGAGCAGGUGCUCACUGGAAGACCCGCGGGUAGUGUGGUCACUUUCUGAGCCCAUGAGCAGUGCAUCAGAGCUAUGAGGUUGAUUGACUUAUUCCUUAUCUCUCUCUGAGAAGCCGAGACCUUAAAUGUAGUAAAGUGUUGGUGUCUUUUCCAAAGGUAAUGAUUACAAGGUGUUCUCUUUUCAGGGAGAAUUGAGCAUUAUAUAUUGAUACGGUGUUUUCCUUAAUUUCCUUCAUCUUUCUACCCUCAUGCUUUUGUGUCACAUCUAAGUCGAUUUUAUUUUCAUUAGUUCUUACAUAUGUUAAGACUUGGUCAUAUAAGUAUGUACAUUAGGUUAUUACCUGUACAGAGUGAUAACACAUGAAAUUAUCAUAUCUCUUCAGAAAUUAGUGUUUCUUUAUUCUUCUUGAAGACUAUCAAUUUUGUGUUCUUUAUAACAUGUGUUAUUUAACUGCAUUCGCUACAUUUGCCUCUUACCGGUUACAAGAAUAAGAAUUGAAAAGUUUGACUGGUAUCGCGAAACCUGAUCCUUUCUUCUUCCUCAUGGUAACUGCUCAUUUAAAUUUUAUCUGUAUCAUUCCUUAAUUCUUUCCAAAUGCAUCACUUUAUCCUUAGGCAGCUGAAAUUUCACAUUCUGCCUCUGAGCUCGUUUACUUAAUCUUUUGCAGUUAACGUAAAACAGCCAUAGUCUUUUGUCUUAACCAUUGCCUCUUAUUUAGAAAUAUAUUCAAAUUUCCUACAUAAAAAUUUUCUCCAUCAUUAAUUAGACGCAUCAGUGUUCAAUACAUAGAACCUUGUAGGGUGCAGUCUUCUCACAAAUUCCUCCGGGGCCUCUAUUUUUAACCCAGUUGCUUUCAGCCCCUUUUGUUAGUUGGGUGCUCUGACACAUGUCAUGACAUUUUGUACAAUAAUUCAUUUCUGAAAAGGUCCAAAAAUCUCAGAAAAUCCUGACAGUUUCUCAUUGGUUCUUCCUUACAUAAACCAAUUAUUACUUCAACCUAAAAAGGAACAAAAUUUUUCCUGACAUGAUUGCCUUUGGUAAAUCCAUGCUGACUCACUCCUAUUAAGUUGUACUUCUCCAAAUGUAUCAUUAAGCUCAUCCAUAAGUAUCAUCUCAAAUUUAUUUCCUAAUAUAGAUGUUAGACUUACAGGUCUAUAAUUUUCAGCCUCUCCUCUCUUUCUUUUUAACCUUCAGACUGGAUUCCUUGCUUUCCAGUCUCCGAUACUUCACCCCUAACAAAAGACUUCCUAAAAUAAUUAACACUUCGGCAAUUAAUGAUUCUUUAACCUCAGACAUCAUCCAUGGGUUAACUUACUAUUUUUCUCAACUGCUGCUAAAGUCUUUGUUCCUUUCAUACCCCUGUCCAAAUACUCCAGCGCUGUCUGCCAUCGCAGUGCCCUCGAUGUCCAUUAUGGCUCAGAACGUUUGGUAUUUUGGUAGCUGAUGUUUUUCUUCUUUCCCUUUCUCACUCUCAUUCCUAUUGGACUUCCUCAGUUUAGAAAGAAGGCUUUUACAUGCUUUGUAGUCUCUAAGUGAAUAAUGUCAGAACAGUAUUUUUCAUCAUUCUCCCGUUUUCAGUAAGGUAACUGGUAUCCAGGAAAAUGGGAUUUGUGGAUAUUUAUCAGUAAACGCUGUUCACUAAGAAGCAGCCCUUUGACCUGAUCACUACUUCUUUUUCCUUGAAUACUGAAAGAGGGAUUUUUCCAACACUUUCUAAUGAUGCAUUUUGAAAUGGUUUUAUAGUUGGGCACGGUGGCUUUCUCCUGUAAUCCCAGCGCUUUGCUUGGCCAAGGCAGGUGGAUCACCUGACAUCAGGAUUUUGAAACUAGCCUGGCCAGUGUGGUGAAACGCUGUCUCUACUAAAAACACAAUAAUUGGGCCAGGCACAGUAGCUCACACCUGUAAUCCCAGCACUUUGGGAGUCCAAGGUGGGCAGACCACGAGGUCAGGAGAUAGAAACCAUCCUGGCCAACAUGGUGAAACCUUGUCUCUACUAAAAAUACAAAACUUAGCUGGGUGUGGUGGCAUGUGCCUGUAGUCCCAGCUACUCAGGAGGCUGAGUGAGACAGGAGAUUUGCUUGAACCCAGGAGGCAGAGGUUGUAGUGAGCCAAGAUCGUGCCACUGCACUCCAGCCUGGCAACAGAGUGAGACUCCAUCCCCCAACCUUCCCCCCAAAAAAUUAGCUGGGCGUGGUGGUUGGUUCCUGUCAUCCCAGCUAUUUGGGAGGCUGAGGCAGGAGAAUCUCUUGAACUGGGAGGCGGAGGUUGCAUUGAGGUGAGAUUGCACCACAGCACUCCAGCCUGAUUGACAAGAGUGAAACUCUUGUCUCAAGAUAACUAAAUAGAAAUAAAAUAAAACAGUUUUACACUUAAUCUUUUUAAGAAUAACUGUCUGCCAGUGUUCUUCAGUAUGUAUAUCUUCCUCUAUCUGCCUAAUACCAUGGAGCAGCGUUAGAGAAGCAUUUGCUCUUUCCCACAAUCCUCCUGCAAGAGGGUGAUCCUGAUUGUUCUAGAGUGAUCCAAAUGGUAGUUAUGUAUGGUUUCCUUAUGUUUUCAUUAGCUAGAAAGUAGUAAUGAAGAACUGUUUUCAUGCUAUCACAUUUUACCUUGUUAAUUACGAAGAAUAGUAAAUAGUAUCUGUGCCAAACUUCUAUCUAGACCAUUAAAUCUUCAAAACAAAUCUUGUUGAUACAUAUUAUUCUCAAUUUAAUGGUUUUGAAAAAUCCAUCUUCAAGAGGUUAUGUUGCUUGAGGAUGCAUAACUACGGUAUGGCCAUAUUAAAUUUGCAGCUGUCUUCAGAGUCUUACAGUUACAUAACCCUGCUGUACAGGAGCUUUAAAAUAAUUGGUCAGCAGGUUAAUGAAAUUUUUACAGUGGAAACCUUAAAAAUUUGGAGGUUUAAGGUUUCAAAUAGGCUGGGUGCGGUGGCUCAUGCCUGUAAUCCUAGCACUUUGGGAGGCUGAGGCGGGCAGAUCACAAGGUCAGAAGAUCAAGACCAGCCUGCCCAACAGAGUGAAACCCCAUCUCUACUAAAAAUGCAAAAAAUUAGCCGGCUGUGGUGGCGGGCACUUGUAAUCCCAGCUACUUGGGAGGCUACGGCAGGAGAAUUGCUUGAACUGGGGAGGCGGAGGUUGCAGCAAGCCGAGAUUGUGCCAUUGCACUCCAGCUCAAGCGACAGUGUGAGAUUCCAUCUCAAAAACAAAACAAAACAAAAAACAAACAACAAAAAGAUUUCAAAUCAUCUAAACACAUAUAUUAGGAAGUAGAAUGAAAUGAUAUAGUAAUUUUAAAACACCGUGGUAAAUGUUUUCACAGUUGCACCUUUCCUGCCUAGUUGAGAGCCUUCACACAGACAGGUGGAUGGGUGGAGUCAAAUGAACUAGGUUUCAGGAUGAGCUUUGUCACCAUUGAGAUGUUUCACUUUGAACGAGUCACUCUAGCAUUUUGUGUCUGUUUUCUCAACUGCAAAAAGAAUAACAUUGUUGCUUUUCUUUUGAACAUGAGGUACAAAUUAGAUAAUCCAUAUGAAAGAGCUUGAAAAGUAUAAAAUUACCAUUCUUUUAAGGAAGGUACUGGAUUUUGUUAUUGAUAUUUUAAUGGUAAUAAAGUAGAAGAAAAAGACAAAUUUUUUUUUUGCAUGUAUUUCAAGUUGCUAUUAAGGGUAAUGAAUCUCCUAACAAUAAACAGAUAUGUGUACACAUUAGUAUUCAUAUAUAUUAGUGUAGCAGUCUGAGCAUAUACUAAACUUAGUGCUACAGAAGGCCUACUUAAAACUUUUCAGAGUAAAAACUUAUCAUAUAAAUACUUUAUUUAAAUUCUUUCUAUUCUUCUUUACCUAUGUGGAGGAAAAAAACCACACUCUGUUAGAUAUUUAAAGCUGUUUAUCCUGGGCUAAAUAUGAGUGACCAUGGCCGGUGACACAGCCUCAGAAGGUUCUGAGAACAGGUACACAAGACGGUUGGGUUAUGGCUUGGUUUUAUAUAUUUUAGGGAGCAGAAUUAUAGGCAAAUACAUAAAUUCAAUGUAUGUAAGGUAUACAUUUGUUCGGCCCAGAAAGGUGGGACAUCUCAAGCAGGGAGUUGGGAAGCUCACAUGUCAUAGGUGGAUUCAAAGAUUUUCUGAUUGGCAGUUGGUUAAGAUAAGCUUUGCCUAAAGACUUGAAGCCAGCAGAAAGAAAUGCUUGAGUUAAGAAAAGAGGGGUUGUAGAAGCCAAGGUUUUUAUUAUAUAGAUGAAGCUUCCAGGUAACUGACUGCAGAGAGAAUCCAUGGUAAAGGUCUCUUACAGGACCUUAAAAGGUAUUAGACUGUUAGGUAAAUCUCUGCUGGAUCUGGAUAAUUAUGGAAAGGGAUGGGGAAUCUCUACAGACUGCAAAUUUCCCCAAUAAGGGAUGGCAUUCCAAGACCAUUAAAACAUAGUUCAAAGAAACAUAUUUUAGAGGUAAAAUACUUUGAUUUCUUAUAAGACCUGCUGUCUGUCAUGUAAUGCUACACCAGAGUCAGGAUGGAGCUGAAUAUCUUGUUGCUGUAAAGAGUCUGUUCUGUCAAUCUUAUGAUCUCUCUUUUAAUGGGAAUGCUGGCCAGUUGUGCCUGAACUCCAAAGGGAGGACCUUGUAAGGAGGCAUGUCUAGGCUGCCUUCCUUUCAUGUCCUGAACUCGUUUUUCGGGUUUCUUUGGGGAUCCGUUUGGCCAAGAAGGGCUCCAUUCAGUCAGUUGUGGGCGGGGGCUUAGAAUUUUAUUUUUGGCUUAUACCUACUAUGUACUGUAGUUUUAAAACUGUUUUUUCAAAAGAAUAUCAUCCUGAAAAGUAUCCUUUCUACUGUAUAUUUCAGCGAUCUGUAAAGUCCUGAGUGGCAUUCAUAAAUUUAAAAUAAAGUUAGAGUACACAAUUAAAACACAGCUUUUGAUGCUAACAGCUAACAAAAUUGGCCGAAAAUGGGUCUCAGGCUCUCAGCUCACUCAUGCUCAUCCUCUCACUACAGGAUCUUAAGGAAAAGUUUUAAAGCGAUGUUUAACUUUUUUCCAGGAAAAAAAAAAAACUGUAUUCUCCCCUUCCUUGGGGUUGCUGGCCAAGUGUGAUGGCCUGUAUGAUUCCAGCUGCACCAGCGCUUCCUUUCCAGCUCCCUUCCCCGGUGCGUCAAGGUCACUCAGGCGCAUGGCAUCCACUCACCUCAUCGGCAGGCAGCAUUGUGAUCUUAUCAGAGCUCGCAUGUGCAGCAUUCAUGAACUGGAUUCUGAAAGUUAAAAUCGUUUAAAGAAAAAAGUAAACAAAAUUGAAAAUUGUGAUCUUAUCCCUUCUGACAACUUCAUUUAUCAAAAUUUUAAGGGAAAAAAUUGAUUGUGACGUUAUAGUGGGGGCAGUAUGAUUUUAUCAGGUAAUUGAUGUGGUUUUUACUUUUAUGUAGACUGUUUAUCAACUAUUUAAUUCAAUAUAACUUCUAUAUUUUAAAAGUUCGCACGCCCUCACACACCUGUUUUGACCCCCACCUAAACAGCAGUUUCAAAUGAGGGGAACAAAGGCUGAGCUUUCCAGUCCUGUUGCUAAUACUGCGUACCAGGUUCCUGUUCCAGCUGGCGCUGGGGACUGAAGAAUAGCAUGACAAGUCUUUCAGAUUCUGAGGAAAAUUUA